AUGCCGGACACAUUUACUCUCAUAAAGAACCGGACAGAGCCACGGCUGGGGCAGCUCGAGCGCACACUGGCCACGGAGGGGAGCACCCGCCCCGCCUGGGUCAUAGGAAUCCUGGCCAGCGUGUUGAUCUUCACCACGGUGGUGGACGUGCUGGGGAACCUGCUGGUGAUCAUCUCGGUGUUUAGGAACCGCAAACUGAGGAACUCGGGUAAGAUAUUUCCAUUAUUAAAAUAUGAAGCCUGUCUAUUGAUCAGAGGUCAGUAAAAGGUGCAGAUAAACGCGCAUAAACACCAACUCACACAGGAAAGUCAUCCAGGUAUUCUCAAACUUGCUUUUAAUGCGCAGUAGCCUAUAUUAUUGACACCCCUGACUUCGACAUCAUAGGAUCUGACCCACAGACCUUUGAGUGCACUUUGCCCCCACCCCUCCAGCCCUAAAACGUCCAUCACUCGUGAUUCAAAAAAUAUAGUCAGCUUUAUUUUACAGAAACUGAACUCCAUUCACAAAAUCUCCUUUCUUCCAAGCUCCUCCCUUGAAUGAGGAUGUCGAACAGGCUGCAUUUUCUACUUGACUACAUUAUCAUCCAGCUAUGAGGUGGUGUGUUGGAGUAUCACAACUCCUCUUACGGCUUUAAAACUUAAUGUAAAACUCAAGUGACAUCUGGGUUGAUGCAAAGUGCUGUUAGAGCUACUGUAACAGCCUCUCUCUCUCUCUCUCUCUCUCUCUCUCUCUUUGUGCUCUUCAUUGUUGAAGUUAAAAGGUAGUCUGACUCACUCUUGCUGCAUCAGAGCUGGUUAGUAAGAACAGGUGAAUGCUUUAGAAAAGCUGGUGUUGAAUAACCUUUUUCUCUGACAAUGUGAGGAACAAUCAGGGAGGCUUAAAGCACCCACAGUGAGGCAUAAUGACAAAUCAUAGAGCAUAGGAGAGCUCUUUUACUCCGCCUCUCGCUGUAGGUUGAGAAUGUAUUCUUGGUGUCAUCCAUCUCGUUUCUGAUGACGAUUGACCCUUUUGUAAAGAAAUGUGAAUCCUUGCACAUUUUUUUGCAGUUAGUGUAUCACCUAUUUUUCCUUUUUCAAAUUAAUCCACUUAUUGUUGACUUGACAUGAUUCCCUUUCCUUAGAAAACUUAUCCAGAAAGAAACAUAGACCUAAAACUUGUCAGGAGGCAUAUCUGAUGCACUAAAAGCUGCCACACUGUGCUGACCGGCUGUUUCUGCUUUAUCAGGCAACAAUUAGAGGAGGAAAUGUGCAUUUAUUUGCAUAUUUAGCAACUAUAUUUUUAAAUAAGUAGGGUACAAGCAUGAGUCUUCUUUCCUAAUUAGCCAAGAGGUAAAAUACUCAGAGGAUUAACCAACGCAACUAUUUUCCUUUCAUUUUAGGCCAUUAUGAGACUCUCCUUGUGUUUGCGCACAUGGGAAAGGAAAGGAUUUUUCUUUUAUGUGAGAAUUUUUUCAUUUCAGUCAGAUGAGCCACAUCAGUGAUGCACCUGAACACAACCCUGUCUUGGAAAGAGAAAGACUCCCACUCAAGCAUUAUCUAGUCUUAACGGGGAUCGCCUCGAACCAAGGUCAUACAUUUACUUUAACUGUGAAGAAGUAGAACUUAAAAACUUGUGAAGAGUAACAACACGAUAUACAAACAUGGUUUCAGUCUUUAUCUUAAAAAAACAAAUAUACAACACCCUAUUAAACUUGAAAUGCACUGAAGGGAGCUGUGUUCAGAGCAAUUCAUAAAUUCAGAGGUCCUCACCCUGUUGAGCAAAGAGGACAGGUUCUGGCUUGUUGAAAAAGAAUUGGGUUUUUAAAACCUCUCAGCACCUUUACCAGCUUAAUCUCUUCAUCUUCAACAUUUAUUCGAUCAGCCAAACUUAAAAAGCUGAAGAUUUUAUGUGUUUAUGACACACAAAUAUUUCACAAAUGUGCACAGUGGGAUGUUACCCUUGACAACUUCGAAUAUUUCAUCUCAUGAAAACUUCAUACUUAUGGGUGCUGUAUGUAGGGAAAUGUUAUGAUGAUGAUGAUGAUGAUGAUGAUGAUGAUGAUGAUGAUGAUGAUGAAGAAGAAAUGAUUGGACUCAAUUUGUUACUUUUUUUGGGCGCUAAAUUUCCUGGCAUUACUGCUGGUUAACACCAUAGCAUAUAAUCCAUUUUUUUACCUGGCUUUCUUACUAAUCACCCAGCUGUGUUGGGGACUUGAAUUGGUGGACAACCUAAUCAGACAUGUCCAAUAUAUAAUCCAUCUGCAGAGUGGAGUUCUGGCACAUUGUUUCACUUCCUGUUGACGCUGUGCCAAAAAAUGUAAAAACAGAGUUAACAGGAAAAACAGGGUAGAAACUGAAAACUGGAAAAAAAAAAAAAAAAAAAAACAGACACAAAACAUCCACAAACUGCAACAUGGUAUGAGUUUGUAGGUAUAACAGGUCUGUGCAGGUGAUCAUUUUAAGACUUCAUUGUGAAUGGAAAUGCUAAAUUUUAUGUGAUUUGUAAUUUUUAUGCAGGGUCAUGUUUAUACUUUACCAUGAGUGGAAAUAGUAAGUAUGAUGCUAAUUCCAACCAGAUAAGAAUAAUUUUACCAAAAAUGUAGCACUAAUCCUUCCUAAAUAAAUCAAUUUUAAAACAGUUAAAGCUCCUGUUAGGAACUUUCUGUUUGUGACAAUUGUGGCGCCCCCCCUGUGGACAAAGCAGCCAUUGCUUGUCCUGUCCUCUAUAUACUGAAGUUGCAUUUCCCAACUAAAAAGCUCAUCCUGCCUUCUUCCGAAAGUCAAAUCCAACAUUAAUUACACAUUUUUUAUGAGAAAUUCUAAAAAAAUGGGGCUAAUAAUGGUCUUUAAUCACAAAUCACUAUCAAUAUGAAUUUUAGUAUACUUUAUUAGUACCAAAAACUCCUCACAUGAGCUUUAAGUCAUCUUUUCAUCCAUACUAAAUAACAACUUGUUUGUUAGUUGUAAAACAUGAUAGUUAGGCCAAAGGUUUUGCAGGAUCGAUGUAUGUCACCCUGUCAGGAAUCUAUUUCACAUAACCACAAGUUAAUACUCUAUCCCCUUACAUUAUAGAUACAAUCAGGUUGAGCUAUUUGCAAACCAUGUUCAUAUCUCCUUUUAAUAUAUAUAUUUUUUCAAAUCUUUUUUGUUGUUGUUGAAUUAGGACUAGGAUACCUCCAUGGGGUUAAAGGUAGACUUUGGGGGCACUGAUUUCAUUCAGAGGUCAGAUCACACCCUAUGUACAGAGGCUAUAGCCUCAAAGCUGACAGCUCAUGGUCGAUAACAACCUGCAGCCCUUUACCAAAUGCCAUUACUCACUUACUCUUCUUGGACUCUUUUCACUGUCGUAAAAGGCCUUUGUAUCAUGACACAUUGUAUACCUGUCACUCUCAUGCUCAACUGCACAAGGCAAUCAAACACAGCCCAAGUUUAAUCAUCUGUGUAAGACAUGCCCCAUGCAGGCCAACCAAAGAACCAAAAACAGCUCUGAAGAUAUAAAUUUGAUCUCACGCUGCCUGCUCAAUUUGUAUUCAAGGCUUUUCUUGGAUGUUGUAGGCUACCCUUCAUUUGUCUAUUUCAAGGUUUCCUAAAGCCUACAUCUUCAGAAACAGUUAUAUUUGUGUUUUUUGGCACUCCAUUUGCACCUUAAAGCUGAUCUCUCUCUCUCAACUCAAACGGCCCACUCGGCAGUUCAGAAACCACACUGAACCCACAGUCAUGAACCCGGAGGAAGGCUACCAUACAUCCAAACAACCCACUCGACAGUUUAGACAGGAAAACACCUGACGUAACGCCGGUAUAUAAGGAGUCACAGCGGGGUCGGAGGUCAGCCGUCACCCACGAGUUAUAGCUUUGCAUAAGUCUGCUGUAGCGGGGGGGGAGCAAAGUAAACUGACCGCUGAGUGCUGGAAAAACAUCAUUUCAUCAGAAUGUAGGCUGCUGAGUGAUGACUAACUGCUUUAUUCUCACCUACCCACAUAAGUGAUGCAGGCACACUCAUACUGUAGUAAAUAUUAUAGUACAGACUCAUUAUGAUUCUGACACUGAGUUGGCAUCAAUAUAUUUUGUUAUUCACAGUGAUGAGUACGCUGACGUCUGUGGGUCAUGUAACCACACUGUGUAUGGAGGCAGAGGGAUUGCACAUUACCUUUCUGCCCUCUCACUUUUUCCAUUUUGUCUUUUCAAAGACUUUUUAUGUUUAUUGUAAGGGCUUUUUUUCCUCAUUGUUUCAUAUUGAAUACUUGUAAGCUUGUGGCACAGAAACAGUCACAUACAUGCAUGCAUUCAUGAGCCAUUAGAGCCAUUUGGCUCUCUAGAUUUGUCAUUUCAAAAGAAAAGCUUUGCAUACAAAAGCAGUCUCAGCAUGCCUGUGUGCAAAAACACAGAAAGCACAUCCAGGAGAGUACAGUACAGUAGGUUUGCAUAUCUUAUUGUGACAUAAUGCAGUAUGAAGCGAGCAUGUGAAUAAAAAGUGCCUUGUGUAGUAAUGUGGGGCAGAGGUCUUUGUCCCUGGAGUUUUUCCUUUGAAGGAGCUUGGGAGGUGCAAACCAUCAAAGAGAGUUAUACAGGAUCACACAUUACACAGUCUCUUCACAGAGACUUUAUUUACAUCAUACCCCUCCUCCCAGCACAACCUCACCACCACCCCUCUCUCAUAUUCCCUCUCUAGCUCUUUGCUCUAAAGCUCUCCGCCAUCUAAAUAAUGCUCGAAAUAUUCCUUAAAUAAGAAUGAGGCUCUUUACACAGAACGCUUUGCCGCCUGCCUGCCUCUCUCCGUGGUGCUGAAACUCUGAAAACAGACACCUUGUCUGUGUCGCUCUCCGUGGUGCUGAAACACCCAGAACCUGAGGCAUCUCUUAAUCUUCCUUUUUACCUUGGCUUGUGAAAUUUCAACAGUUAUAGCUAGUACAAUAAAAAAAUCUUCAUCACUUACAGGCCAAGUGAACAGAAGUAUUUAUCAGUUUGCCCCUUUUGAUGAUGAUGAUGCUUUGGAGGCUGCGUAUGAGGACUUUGGGAAGAAAAUGCCACAUCUUUUCAUUAGACUAACAGCGAUGGUACAGAACCUCCUCCAUACUGAGAGUUUUUUAUGCUAUUUUAAUCAUACAGUUAUGUUCUGAGAGUAACCAAGCAGUUUGUUUUAUGGGUCGAGAGCUUUAAAGUGAGAUCAUGUUUUCAGAGAGAGAUGUCUCAGUAAGCAGUCUGCUCAUGUAUUUAUUGUAUCUUAAUCACAUGAUUGAAUUCCUUCUGGAAACCUUAUUCGUGUCAGGGAGUAUGCUUCUGGGUGCUUUUGGAGUCCCAUUACACAACAAAAUAAUUAAUUAAGAGAUCAGAGGCAGUGUAAUCAAUACACAUUAGAGAGAAGAUAGCUUUAAACUGCAUUUUACAGUCUGUCCAGUCAAAAGCUUCUCUUUUAAUCCAUACAGCCGGUGAGUAAAUCUUUGGUAGUUUGUCACAGAUAUACAGCAGUAAAAGGUAGUCACUAAACUCUGAGCUGCUCCUGCUUCACAUUGAAUAUACUGCGCCCUGUCUUUUUUUUUGUAAAGUUUAGAUUCCAUCAUUGAAUUUUGCUGUUUCAAACUCCUGAGGCCCCAAGACAGAACCUGUUAUAGUUCAGCAACCCCCAUUCUCAGAGUGCGGCUCCAUCCAUGGUGCUGAAACAUCCAUACCAUGCAUCUCCCCCUGACCUUUUGUCCACCAGUGGUUCUCUGUGACGUCUGCGGCAACUACUGGAAGUACGGCUGUUAGUUUAGAUCGCUGUUUUAACAUUAAAGAAACAUAAGAGAAGAGAUAAAAUAUUCAUACUUCAAGGAGGCAGAGAGCAGGGCUGCAUAUGUGUUUGUCUGAUCUCAUACAGUGAUACUUGAUAUAAAACUCUUGAAAGCCUUAGCACUCUAGAUCAUUGUUUGCAGUUGCUUGGAAAGUUCGACUUAUAGAUGUUUAUACAUAGGACAAACUGCAGACUGUUCCAAACGUCCAUAUUAUGGGUGGCAGUAGCUCUGUGGGUAGAGUGGUUGUUGGAAGGUUGGUGGUUUGAUUCCUCCCUAUCUCGAGUCUGUCCAUUGUGUCCUUGGUGUAUGAAUGUGAGUGUUGUGUGGUCGGAGAGACCAUGGCGCAAAGUGGUAGCCAUGUUUCCAUCAAUCUACCCCAGGGCAGCUGUGACUACUAAGGUAGUUUACCACCACCACGGUGUGACUGUGUGAGUGAAUGACUGAUGUAUACACUGUAAAGCGCUUUAAGGGUCUCUGUUAAAGUGCUAUAUGAAAUCCGAUGCAUUAAUUAAUCAUAUUUAAAACGUUUACCCAACUUCACUUUUAGUCAACCUAAAAACAGCCAAAAAGGUGGGGUCAGUCAACUCAGCCAACAGUUAUGCAAAUCUAAUCUGAAAUCUAUUGUUUUACUUUAUGCAUUGAAUCAGUUCUCUCACCCCUAAUACAAUGAGUAUGAGUGAUGGAAUAACCAUUUUUAGGGGCUAUAAAAAUAAAUUCCUCAUCUAAAAAUCAGCCUUUUAAUAUUGUUCUUUAUGGGGCUUCUUGCAAGGACAUGUCUAGCUUUUUAGACAGGUGUAGCUAAACGUAUAUGCUGUUUCUAUCUGCAUCAUAUACUUAGACUUGGACACUUACAUCACCAAAAGAUUUAAUAUUCUUGUUUUGUCUUUUGCUUACAAAGUUACAGAACAGAGAAGUAACAUUAAAGUCCUAUGAGUUUAAAUUGGGGUGGUCAGUCUCCAAUUUCAAGGGGGUUCAUGGCCACUCUUGGAUGCAUCUCUGGCUUCUCAAGUGGACACUUGUAGAACUGCAGUUCUUCAUGCUCUUGCAACAGCUUCAUUUUCCUACACCAGAAUCUACUGCUUUUGACAAGCAGGACCAGACUUUAUGUAUUGGUGUACUGGUUAUUGUUCAAGUUAACCCCCCAUAAAAUGACUAUAUCAAGUUAUCCUCACAAGUUUGCAGAUGAAAAGCACAUAAGAAGUGUUAAAAAGUUGGAACAGGGGGAUAGCUUGUGUGAAGUUAAAGCAUCAGCUUUUUAGUUUAUUGGACAACUGUAAGACUGUAUUUUACCUGUUUAUAGUCUAGGCCUCCCUUUGACACAUGAAUCCAAAGUGAUUUACAGUGAAUAUAUAUAUAUAUAUGGUAGAUUUCUGUGUCCCAGACUUUUUAAAGGCCACACAGCUGUUGGCACUGUUGCAGAGGAUCCUCUCUAACCACAAACAGCAUCCUGCUGCUGUCUUGUCUGUACUCAUCACUAUUAGGAAGGAUGUACAAUAACCAUCGAUGUGAGCAGUGGGCUAUUAACAGCCGUGACGUGCAAUGAUCCUAACACAAUUCAAACGGACAGCUCUCCUCUGUAAUUUUGUUACAUAUCACAGGUGAUUUGUUUGAUAAAUGUCAGCUUGAGCCACACCUUGCUGACAUAAAUCAACUUGCGUAAUCAUGACUGUAGCUGAAACUCAGCAUUUUUUGGGAAGAUUUAAUUACCAACUCCUGAUCUGUUUUUCAAUUCCAGUAACAGAAUCUAAAAAUGAGCUCUGGCAAUGGCUCAAUUAUUCUUUGCUUAAUGUUGUAGAAAAAAAGGAUUACCCUUACAUAGAAAACAUAUUUCAACCUGAUCUAUGAGGCUGAAAGUGAGACGUCUUUUACUUUAUUUGCAAUUUCAUCCAGUUGCCUUUGCAUGAGAUUUAUUCCUGCUGAGUAAAUUUAGUGAAAAUACUGCAAGCGAUGAGCACGCAGAGUUGUGAUUCAUAGAAUAUCUACAUGGGUGGGCUAAUGCUGUUGUUUAAAGUGACUUCUCUUUUUCUACCUUGAGCAUUUGUUGUUUUCAAGCUGAUACUCACAUUUGCAUUUUGUGUGAGUCAUAGGCUGCUUCAUCCCAGGGAAAAUAAAAGUAGCAAACUAGAAAAAUGUUGGAAACUGUUCAGCUUUUGAAUAAAAAAGAUGAAGACAAAACAAAAGCAGGCAUAAGUCAGAUAUGAUAUGGAGUUGUCUUUUUGACUUGCAGUUCUCUGUAUAAACCACAUUUGAAUGAAGAAAAAAAAAAAAAACACACACACUCUAAAAACCCCAACUUGGGUUGUUUUAAACCCAACACCAGGGUUGAAAAGGGACCAACUACUUACUGGGUUCUUUUGACCCAGAAUGUUGGGUUAUUCAAAUUAACCCAAACUUUGGGUCGACUCAAUACCUCUUUUUAUGGGUCAAGUUAGCCCAGUCUAUGAGUUAAUUUGACUCAUGAUCUUGGGUUAAAUUGAUAUUUGCAUUUGGGGAGCUUUGCUUCUACAACCUGUACCGUUUGGACUGGUUUGGCUUUCAAUGGUACACAGUCAUGAUUAUGAGGAAGGCCAUAGCGCUAUGGGUCUUGCCUAAGGAUCCACACUGGUUGAUGUAGUUUGUCCUUACAGAUGUGUCUGAUGUGGAAUUCGAAAGGUCACCAGGUCACUUUAAUCACCAUUAGACCUAGAAACCAUGUAGAGUCAAUUGAACCCAACGUUCUGACCCAAAUAUUGUGUAACUCUCAGAUUAAUAACCCAUAAUUAUGAACCCAUUCAAAAAAACUCAAAUUUGCUUAUAAUAGAAUCCAUAUGACCCAAAAAAUAGGGAUGGAUCUGAAAAAUAACCCAGAAGUUUAACUCAACACGAAUAACCCAGGAAUUGGGUUGAAGAAAUAACCCAAGAGUUUUUAGAGUGUAACUAUUGUCGAACGCUCAGUUCUUGCCCAAGACUUGAUCCAUCAACGCCUUUCAUCCCUUUGGCAGAGAUGUAUUUUAAUCAUCUGAUCCUCCAUUUAAAAACACAGUUGUGCCUUUUGGUUCCAUCAUGACCCAGAAGGUAAUCUCAGAUCCUGUCUCUCUUUUGAAAUUCAUACUGUAAUUUGUGCUUCCAGCCCGUUUUUUUCCACGGGGUUUACUUGUGUGCUUGAUUUUAAUGCAUUCAACUCAAAACAGGACAGCAACCAGCUGUGCGUGUAGCUAGAUUGAUCAGAUUUUUUUCUCAUCCUGGGGUUUUUUUUCAGUUUUCUCAUGAAAAAAAGGAGAAACCCCAAACCAAACAGAUGAAUAUGGGUUGCUACCAUUCACGCAUCGACCCCGUUGAACCCUUUGUAUGUGGAGGAGAUGAAGACAAGGAUGUAGAGAGUCAUAGGGGAGAUCACAAACAGAGGAGGCGGUAUGGAAAUAGAAGAAUAUUAAGCUGUAGCCCAAGAAGAAAAAAAGGGGGAUGAGAUAAGACACAGGGGGUCCGAAGCUGGUCUGAUUUGAAGGAAUCCAUUUACUAGAUACUGAAUCAUUUGCAAUCAGGCAUUAAAAUUACAUUUGACAUCCCAUUAUACAUCUCAUUGUGACAAAUAUUGGCUACUUGGGUUUCAUCAUAAGGAAUCCAUAGGGGGGUAAAGUUGCUACUGAUCUAUAAUGCAUGGGUGGAGAGAGUCUGCAGAGCUUUGGAAGAUUUUCUCUAUGUGUUGAGGCUUUGCCAUAUAACUCUUUCAUCAUCUAGUUUUUUUUUUUUCUUCUUUUUUUUACUCAGUGGGUAUUUAGGCAGAGGUGAAGCUUGGACAUGACUGCUGGGGGUUGUUUUCAGCAGUUUUAAGUAGUGCUCUGGGAGUCUACUUUUUGCCUGAGCUGUGCCCAGUCUCUGUCCUGUGUCUUGCGUGUGAAGCAUGACUUCUGUAAUUCCCCUUGAAGACAGACGGCUGGAUAAAGGAAACAGGAGGAGAGAGAGAGAGAUAGAGUGAGUGAGAGAAAGAGAGAGGGGGUAAUGCAAAAAGAAGAAAGGGAAAACAGCUUCAAAAAUUAAAAAUGAAAAGGUCAAAACCAAAAACAGGACAGACAGGCUAAAAUUUAGUUAAGGGAGAGACUAGAAUCUCCUCAGUAAAAGUGGUGCUGUUAAAAAAAAAAAAUACAGCUACGUUAAAACUUAUGUCAUGUGUCAUCACAAUCACAAAGUUGUUAUCAGAACUCUAAAGACAAGACGUGAGAGGAAAAGUUUCCACGCACUUAGCAACUGACAGAGCAAUUUUCUUAAUCUCAACAACCGUGAACUUGAUAGAUUGACCCAUUUAAUCUGCAAAGCAAGUGAUCAGUAAUUUCAGUUUUAUCAAACAGUGCACCGCCCGCCCCGUAUCUCCACACAUCCACAAUACCAGCCCCGUGAUUAUUUCAAGUGAAUUACGUAACAAAAGCCUCAGGCAUGAAGAGGUGGAAGAAGCGAAAGAUUCGAUGCAACAGAAGGAGGAGAAAGUGAAUGGAAGAAGGAGGGAGGUGAAAAAAAAUGACGACAUGAGAAAUUAAGGGCAAUCUAGGAGACAAGAGGUAGGGAAUAAGGAAAAAAGGAGGGGGUGAAAACGACUCUGCAAACAAGAUAGACAGAAUGUUUGUUUCAGGCAGGGAGACAGUAUGCAGAAUAGAGACUACUCCAUAAUCUAGUCCUGGAUGUAGAUGAAGACUGCUGGUGUAUAUAAAGGCUCACAAGCCAAAUGUUAGAGCAUAAUAUUGACUCUAAAUCAGUCUUGGAGGUUACUUUGUAUUUAACUUAAAAAGGAUACAGAUUAUAUUGCAUUUUCUGACAGGAUCAGUACAUCUUAUCUUCAAGAAACUUGAUAUAUUGGAUGUUUCCGCUGAAACCCCCAGUGAUAUUUUAUCAUAUAUAUCUGUCACAUUCACAUUCAAAUGCACAACUCCAUUAAAAGAAAAAGUUUCUGUAUCACUCCAAAUUGAGAGAUGUGCUACACCCUGUAGGCCUGGUUCAACAGUCUGACUGCAGGAAGGAAGGACUUGCGGUAUCUCUCUGUCACACCGCGGGUGUAGAAGCCUGUCACUGUGCUGUUUCAGUGCUCUGUAGGGGGUUGGAAACAUUGUCCAUGAGAGAUGAUAGCUUAGCCAUCAACCUCCUGUCUCGCACCACCUCUACAGAGUCCAGAGGGCAGCCCAGGACAGAGCGAGCCUUCCUCAGCAGUUUGUUCAGUCUGUUCCUGUCUGCAGUUGUGAUGCUGCUGCUCCGGCAGACCGUUCAAUAGAAGAUAGCCAAGACUACCACUGAGUCAUAAAGGACCUCUGUUUCCUCAGUAGGUGGAGUCUACUUCGGUUUUUUCUGUAGAGUAUGUUUGUAUCAUCACUCUAGUCUAGCUUAUUGUUCAGGUGAACACCCAGGUACAGAAAUCUACCAUCAGCUCCAGGGUUUUUCCAGUGUUGAUCUAGAUCAGUGGUUCUCAAGUUUAGUCCUUGAGGCCCACUGUCCUGCAUGUUUUGGAUCUUUCCCUGCUCCAACACACCUGAUUCAAAUGAUCAGCUCGUUAUUAAGACCUUACAGAGCUUGAUAACGAGCUGAUCAUUUGAAUCAGGUGUGUUGGAGCAGGGAAACAUCCAAAACAUGCAGGACAGUGGACUUGAGAACCACUAAUCUAGAGGAAGUUCUGAUAACACCAGUCCGCAAAGUUUAGGUUCGGUUCUUAGUACUCCCUCUUGUCAUCAUUGGCAAGGAGGCCAACAAUAGUGGACUUGCCAAGAACUUAUACAGGUGCCAGCUUGUUUUGUGGUGAGUACAGGGUAAAAAGAAAGGGAGCCAAAACUGUCGCCUGAGGGGCCCCUCUACUGUACUGCAGACAACAAUGUCAGACGCAGUCAUGACCCUAACCCUCACAAACCGUGGCCGGUCAGUCAGAUAUCCAGCAGCCAAAAUGCGAGGUGUUGGUCCACUCCUGUGUGCUGCAGCUUGUCUCUCAGAAGCACAGGCUGUAUGAUGUUAAAGGCGCUGGAGAAAUGGUAGAACAUGAUCCUCAUGGCGCCCCCAGUCAAGAGAGAUCUUUGCAGGAGGUAGAAGACAGCUCCAUCCACCGCACACCGAAAAGUUAAAAAGAGGGAAAGAGCCCCAAAUGGAUGAGAGCUGCUGUAACUGGAGCCCUUCUGUGCAACACAGAUCAUAGUCCAGAAAUUUAGCAUAAUAAAAAGAGAGUUAUGUGCUCAAAGACCAUUUGUUAGUUUUGUAAUCAAUAAUGUCAAUAGCAGUGUCUCUUUCUGUCCAGUACAGCUUUAAUCCUGACUCUUAUUUUCCCAGUGCUCACUGUUGUAAUGAUGAGUUAAGACAGCUUUCUGAUUUAAUCAUCUGCUAUGCUUUACAGUUCACUGUGCUUUUCAAAGGUCAAUCUCCUCCGACUAAACAGUCAUAAUGUCUGCCUGCUUUAGUAGAGCCAGAAAAUCUCAAUGUUGCACGAACAUCUGAGUGCAGCAUUUGCAUUGUCAAAAUAACUGAUAUAUUGUGAGACAUCACUCAGAGACAGAAAAAAAUGACAAAGCUUAAAAUAAAAAGGGUUUUGUACUUUGCACUAGUUUCUUCCUGUCUCAGAUUUCCCAACUUGCCCAAGUGCCGCAAAUACCCUGUGAGAUAGACGGAGGUGUAUCUGCUUAAAGCUUGCAGUCUGGCAGGCUUGGCAGCGUGUGCCGCCAGACUGAGCAGAGCCGCAUUUUUAAUGCGAAGGAAUAGAGGGGAAAACUGACGAGGGCCAGCGCUGUGUGCACCCUAAAUGUGUGUGUGUAUUUGCAUGUGUGUGUGUGUGUGUGUGUGUGUAGGGCUUGGCUUGCCUGAGGCGAAGCGUCCACAAAGUGCAUUUUGAAUGUGAAUUGUCCUGAGCUGAUUUCAUCCCAACCUUCAAACAAAAGCUUACCAAAUAUGACAACAAGAUCAUUUGUAUCCUCAUGAUGCACACAUUCAGUGUCCUCUAUAUUGCUCCCUGCGCAGUAUACUCUGUGAGAUUUAAUUGGGUUUGAGAGGCUGGAUUAACAGGCUUGCAAAAAGAUAAAUAGUCGUCCUCUGAAACUCUGACCAAUAACUCGCUGCGCUGAUAAAGUAAAGAGGUAGCAGCUUUCCCGGCUCUCUGGAGGAAACUAAAAGCCAGAAAAACUUAACAAAACUCCCUGUAGUCUCAUUUCUGUGAAUAAACAACAAAUCACCAAACAUAGUAACUGUCCUGCUGUCAUGGGGAUCAUUUUGUGAACAAUAUUAACAUUAGCUUUUUAUAUUGAGAAGAGAAGGAAGAAUAAUUCCACCCAUGAGGCCUGUUGGUCAAGUCAAAGAAAGCUCUUCUCAGCUGCUAAAAGUGUUUGUUUAUGAGGAGCACAGCCAUAACAGCCUAAAAGAAACCUAACACACAGUAAACUGCAGUAUUGAUGCAAAUAUUUAUUACAUAGCCACUUUUUCUGUUCAGGCAAACAAACAAUUAAAACUCUUUGCAUCAGGCAAUCUAAGGUCAGAGAAGCAAUCUCUUCUUUUCAAUCUAAUGUGUCCUUGUUGGCGCAUUCAAAUUAAAAUAUCCUGCAAACUAAAGAACUGCCAUUGGAACAGAUGAAAAAUUUGACCUUAAUGCCUCAGCCAGGUUGUGAUUCUUCCAGCAUACUUUUAAGCUGAGGGCGAGUUGAAGCUAACCACACUGCUGUUUUAAUUUCUUAGUUUCUUUUUGGGGGGCAUUUUGCCCUUUUGAAGCUGAAGGGAGAAGGGAAAUGAGAAGAGUAGAGAACAGAGGACAAGUCACAGCAAAGAGAGAUGGCUGAAAGUCAAGCCACAAACCAAUGCAAGAGGCCUCUGUGCCUGUACCGAGCUGAAGGACUCAGGCAUAGAUAGAUCAGUUAUGGUCUUUGGUAAUGUUGGGGGGAAAGUAAGAGUAACCAUACCUGAUAGAAGAUUACAUUUAUGAAAAUUUGGCUCCAGAUUAUUUUCCGAGCGGCCUCAUCUGUACGACGGAGCAUUAGGGCCACAUUAAGAAAAGAAAAAGUUUUAGACCUCGGAAUUACUUACAAGAAUAAAGAAAUUACUUACGAGAAAAAAAGUCGUAAUAAAAUCCUUUCUUAUGAGAACAAAGUCGUAAUAAAAAAAUGUCUUACGAGAACAAAGUCGUAGCUGAUAGCUAUUCUAACCUGUUGUUAGUUGUUUAAAUGAGUGCUGUGGAGCAUUUAGAUGAAUUGAACUUCAGUAGUUAGGUUUCACAAACAAGGAGAUAAGUCCUUUGGCACUUCAGCAUCACAUUGUCUUGAGUAUCAGGAAAUAUGCAAAAAUGCAUCUUUUCCGCGGAAAGAACCAGGCGGACUUGUAGGGAAUCGCUGUUUUUGAGGAGGGGGAAUGGCUGGAAAUGGCGGUGCAGAGGCUAAAUCCCUUAAUGCAGCUGUUUAGAGCAAUAGUAUAGCAUAUGGCUUUAGUUUAUCGUAUGAAUCUAUAUGCCAUAAGGUGUUGGUGUCUCUGCAGGUGUAGGUUGCUGCCGGUGUUGUGCCGGCAUCAGAGACAGACGCGAUGCUCGUUGGAGCUCGACUCCCUCUAAAUCACAAAUGUUGAUCAUCAGUUGGGUUGUUUCUUGAGAAACUACAAAAGCCCUCUGAAUGGCCCAUUGAUGCACCCACUGAUAACUCUGCAGUUGACCAGUUCCAGACAUUUCCUCCUCCGCAGAAUCAACUUUCAGACUUCAUUUACUUUACGACUUUAUUCUCGUAAAUAAUGAUUUUAUUACGAUUUUAUUCUUGUAAGUAAUGAUUUUCCUACGACUUUAUUCUCGUAAGUAAUUGCCAAGUCUUUUUUUUUUUUUUUUCUUAAUGUGGCCCUAAUACUCCAUCGUACAUCUGAGCCAGAUUAAAGACAAAUUUAAAAGUCUCUGACAAUGGACCAAGAAAAAUGCCAAACUCACUGACGUGUCUGAUUGUAAAGUUUGAAGAACUUGUAGCAGCAAAUACAGAAAAUGUGAAUACCAUCAGUGGAUAUUUUCAUCACGGAUUAGACUUUGUUUCUUGAUUGUUAAGAAACAUCCUCAGAGCCACAGGAAUCCAGUAUUCAUUCAGCUUAUUAUUUAUCUUAUUACAAGAGCUGAUUUAUUUUCACUGUGAUUCAGAUGAUUGCCAAGAAACCCUCUUAAAGCUCUGCUACCUUUUUCUCACGUCUUGGUGACUUUGGUGGCAUGUUUAUGAAAUCCACAAUCACAGCUGUCCUGAGGCAUACUGGAUCAAAGUGGUUGCAUAUAGUGCUAUGGCCACCACACUUCACCUCAGAGCUUAUGAGAAACAUCAAAUUUUUAUAACAACUAUAAUGUCAGUAGCAUUCCCCCAAAAUGAUUGAUAGGUAUAUUUUCAGUUUAGAUACUGUUCUGCUCUGUGAUUCGGCUGUGUUUCUUCUGUUUCUCUUGAUGCAACAUUUACACAUUUAAUGUCCCUUUGAGCUCCUCCUUAAUAGCAGCUGUAAUUAUUUGUUUUAUUUUGCAAAAGAAUCACAUGACUAGUUUUAUGUCCACAGAAAUUUGAAAGUUUGCCAGCUUGUUUUGCUAUGUAGAAGAAGUGUUUCUGUUUUGGCUCAUUCACUGCUCUAAUAUUGUCUGAUAUUGCAGACAUCCUAGCUCCAAACAACAGACAGACGAAGUUAAAGACUGACUGGUAAACAUUUGGGGGCACAAUAUGCCAUAAAAGAUAUUUUAUUUCCCUGUGGAGACAAUUGAGACCAAAACUGAACAGAAAGAAAAUGUUGGAAUAAAAAAUAAAAAAAAGGUGCUCACAACUUCCACAACAACUAAAAAGCCUAUUGUCAAAAAAUGCAGCUUACCUUCUUCCAAUGACCCAUUAAGAAGAAACAAUACCAAACAGAUAUAAGGAAAAAUUAAAAACCCCACUUCUCACUUUCAAGGAUUGUUGAUGAAAGUAAAUUUUGUGUAAUUAAAAAAAACAAAACGUUAGAUUAUUUUUUUUCUUUUCAGGCGAGGACACGACCCAGAGCUCAACCAUCCUUGUGUAUUGAUUGGUCUGUUACCCCUCCUCCUGUGUUAGGGUCUGCACCGACCCCUUUUUGUUUUUACAUGCUUAAACGAACCACUUCAAUUAGCUUUUUGCAUCAAGACUUUUUGACUUUGUCAGGAACCUCUAUAUCAACAAAAUAAAAAUAUUUAAUUGACUAAAUUAUAAAAUGCUCUUAUUAAAAUUAUGGCACUUGUCGUGUUAGGGUCUCUGUUGACCCGGUUAGAUCAAUAUCUAAUAAUCAGAGCAAAAACUGAAGUCAUACGGCACUUUCAGGCACCACACUAACAGUUCGAUCCUCCUCCAGUCAUGUGAGAUUUAGGAAAUUCUCAUUUUGCCUUGUUUACCCUGCACGAAAAACAAUGUCGGGCAUAUCUAGACAUGUGAGAUCAGUUUAGUAUGAAUGUCUCUAUGAGGGGUAUACUGACAAAGAAAGGCCCAGGCCUCACUAUUAAAACUAUCAUGAGCAAUAAAAAUUUAUGGAUCAUGAAGCCUAACAAGGCAACCUAGAGAUGAGAACCAAACUGGAUGAUAGAGAAUUGUUUUUAGUGUAAUUUACAGCUGAUUUAAGACAUCGGUCAAAACCGACCCUUAACAUGAUGGGUGCGUCGUAAGAGCUCACACAGGAGGAAGGUUAAGUUUAGAGAUCUUAAUUCCUGGAAACGAUGACAUAAAAUAAUUGAUUAAUUACAUUUUUAACCAUUUUAUGAUUAUGAUUCUUAGAUUAGCUUGUACAGUCAGGUACAGUCAGUUUCAUACAGUAUUCUGACAUCAAUGAAUGGCAGCUGAAGAACAACAGACAGGGUCUAUCUGCUCCCCUCUUACUGGAGAGUACUCCAAACUGUAUUUUGUCUGUGUCAAAGUGUGCCAGAGUCCCCCGCUAAUGAAAUGCAACGCAAAGAGGCAGGAGGAUUCAGCUGAAGGUGCUGCAGCCCACAGUUGAAUAGCAGCUACACUGGAUGGUGAGCAGCCUGCCAGGCAAGCAGCAACAUCAUCACCUUAAGCCAAGCUGAUGAGGACUGAACCAACAGGCAGAGCUGACUGGCAGGAUUCACGCUGCAGUCGCCCACAGUUGCCAACUAAAGCUACAGUAAAUCACUUUGCAGCUGCGAGUUUCACCGUGCUCUGGUAUUUUUCAUCUGACUUUGUUGCUGACACCAGCACAGAGAGGGAAGUGUGGACAGGUGCGACGAGAAGGAUUUGAAACUUUCCUCAGAUAGAGUGAAAGAAUAAAACAGUGCUGCGUGAAAAAGGGAGGAAGAUCUGUGAUGAUGAGGAUGAUCAUAAACAGUCAUGACAGCAUGCUCCCUCUUUAACCUAACCCCUGUAGUCUUCUGUUUGCUGCUUGAAAUGCAAUCCACAACAAGUCUCCUCAAGAUGAAACAUUUAAAGGGAUAUUCCGGCGUAAAAUUAAGUUAUAGUCAAACACACUGUAACACCGAGUUAGACAUCCCAUCAAGAGAUGAAUGUUGCCGACCGCUUGUUUCUCUUGUUAUACUAACUUUAGUAACAACCACACAAUAGAAGUACAGAGAGCCACACACUCAACCAAAAUGCCAAUAAUGCUCAGAACAGCACCUAACUUCAUCAACAGUACAUAUUGGGUCCCAGCCACAGCACUAGCCACCAAACAUCAUUUCAGCUUUGCCUGAUUUCUUCAGCAAAGAGACUUAACAAAACUCACCCACUCUCUUCCAGCAGCCGUUUGUUUGUACGGAGACCUUGGGCGAGUUCAGUUGACUGCUGCGGGGUGACACAGCUCAAGGAAGAACAUUUAUGAUAAUUUCUUCAUGGAAAUGCAAUCAGACCGAGACGCUAAGGCAGAAGAACUACUGCAUCUGCAGUGCAAAAUGAUUUACAUGGUGCUUAUUAUUUAAGGGAAAUGAUAAAGUAAUAAUUUAAUUUAAAACACCGGAAUAUCCCUUUAAUUCUACUCCCAAUACUGUCUCAAAAAAGUUCAAUUUCUGGCUCGGGAGUGUAAGUAAAUUUACUGUUUUUGCUGUUAAAGCACUGAAUUGAAAACCAAUAAAUACAAAGGUGUCCCCCAAAGGACUCUUCCCUGCAUUGACAGCCAUUCUUAAAUUUAACACCCCUCAAACAUAAAGGCCAGGUAUACCAUAGUCUACACAGGGCCUUUUUCCUCCCUGCCUCUAGUUUACAUGCUAGGGCUAAAAUGGCAGACAUGUAAACUCUGAAUUUGGAACAUCAGCAUGUUAGCAUGCAGGCAUCAACAUUUAGCUAAAAGGUACUGCUGUGUCUAAAUAUAGACAAAUCACACUGUGUGGUCAAGCGCGCAGGUGUUGUUGUCUUGAGGACACAGUGGGUGACUGCACCAUUGAUCCAACUAAAACUGGUGAAAGUCAGCUAUGCUUUUUCUGCUAUCUAAAGAGGGCAUCAGAUAGACAGUGUACAGGUAUGUGCAGCAGUGCUUGUUAUCUGAAGCAAGUACCAGAGUAUUUACUGAUACAUUCUUACUAUGUUUUUUUUUUUUUCUUUUAACACAAAGAGAGAAGGAUUGGAGAUGGAAAGUUUUUGCCUCCCUCGUCACCUUACAUUAUGUACUGCUUAUGUGAGGCCAAAAGAGGAGGUCAUCUUCACUUCUGUCUCCUUCUGCAGCCUAUCUUACUGUGAUAUUAUGGCACAUUAGCUGCCUUUGAUCGUCCCUUUCAGAUGCCAUUAGUGGUCAUUCCUGCUGAGCAUAGGAGUCGUUUCAGAGAAUAUAACAAUAAGCCAUGCACUGCCAUAACUCAUACAUUGAAAUGUUUGAGUUGUAUGUAAAGGGGUGCGCAAUGGCACAAUCUCUUAGCGGCCUGUGGUUCGACUGUGCACUUGAAAUAGUCUAGAAAGUGUGAAAGAAAGUGUGUGUUUUGACAUUGCAAAGUUCAUGGGUACCAUUAGUGCAGAAAAGCAGCCAGUUGAGGAUUUGUAUCGGCUUAAUUGUUAAGUUUAGAUGUUGUUUGUAGGUGUUGUUCUCACGAAAUUGCAUCACUCUGGCUUUGUUAAAUGCAUCACUCUUCCUCCUCCUCUUUGUUCUUUGUAAACCCCCAAACUUAAAGUCCAAACCUGCCCAUGGUGGUAACUCAGCCUCUGAUGAUGAUUUUACUUGUUUAGACUGUAGUGUAUAUUUGCAAGAACGGUUAAGUGCAGAUGGUAAGACUUUCUCAUUCUCAGAAUUAUCCUCGUUAAUCCACUGUACUUUUUUUAUUUACUCAGAGCAGACCUCCAUAAGUGGGAUGUACGGUAUGUAAAACAGAACAAGCGAUAAACAUCAGCUUCUCUAUCUGACCUGUGAAUGUUUGUGUUCAUGAAUUACACGGAUCAGUGAGAGUCAAUUUAGAUGGUAGAGUCCUUGAAACCUUUGGAGUUUCUUUAGUGGCUGCCCAGAUCAAUACCACACUUAAACUUCACUGCAGCCUCUUAAGAGCUGAAUUCUAGAUAUUCUAAGAUCUCUUACUCCGGCUCUCUCCAGUAUCACUCGUAAUUAUCCCCACAAUAUGCGCUAAAGAGCAGUUGGCGUCACUGACUACACAGUGUUGAAUAUAAAUCAAUUUCGCCACUCAUCAUCAGAUUGGGUGUCAACUUGUAGUCAAAGGCCAAAGGUCAAGCUUACUGUAACCAAACAUCCACAUCCUGAGUUUGAUGCAUUGAAACGGCUGAGUAAUUCACUGUCAAGGAGAACCUAUGUUUGCCUUUUGUUUCACUCUCGUCUGAAUAACUUUAGGCAGACUUUUGUGUACACUGAAACUUGACUGGUUGUUACAGGUAUAUUAGAUGGUCUUUCUUUCGUAUUUUAAUUCAUCUAUUUUCAUUUUUAUGACUUUUGCUACAUGCCACCUCAUUUGGUGGACCACCAAGCCAGACCUCUACCUGACCUUGUUCUUCACACAGACUUCUUUUUCCAAAAAAGUGUUAGUCACAUCUGCAAAAUUCAGAUUUUUUUAACGACAUUUUGUCUGCUUCCUUUGGAUGUUACAUAAGAUGAGGUGUUCUUUUAUCAAGCCAAUUUUUCUCAAACUGUGUUGUGACAAAUCAUCAGAAAUUUUGGCAGUACUAAUUUUUGACAGAUUUUAGCAUGAGUUCUGACUCACAGCACGUUGACAGUGUUUGACAAAGGACAUAACAUGUGCUAAGUAGCCCAUUCAGGAACAUCAAUUAUGAUUUCUCUCUGUUUUAGACAUCCUGUUAUGUCAUUGGUUGCUGAGAAAAGAUAUAAUAUAAAAAAUUGAUUUCGUAAACAAUGACAAACGAAGAUACAUGAAAGAAAGAAAAAGAAUUAAAAAACAAACAAAAAAAAAGGUGUAAAUGAUAUUGGUUUACAGAAUCUACUUUGCAUUAUGGAGUGUGGGCAACGAGAAAGAUAAAAACAAUAUAUUACAAAUGAAGCCCAACCAUCAGCUGUGGAUCUGAAUCUGAAAUACUUGAUUUAUCUCAGGAGAAAUUUUUUUAUUGCAGUUGAUCUUUUGCUCAAUACAAUGUUAAGAAUGGUUGAUAGUAAAAGGAACAAAAAAAUUAAACAUAAUGUUCAAAAAAUCAGCUGUAAAUAAAUAAGCAGUAGAUUAAAAGAUGUAAAAUGACUAAACAGUAUUGAUACUACAGAGUAUCCGACAACAGGCUAAAUGAAAUACAUAGUUUUCCAGUUUGUUAUCAGCAUUGCACGCCUCUAGUUAUUGAACAGCUUGUUGACCGCUUUACAUUUAGAUUGCACAGUUGGAAUGAAUUAUAUAUAGCACAGAAGCUUACAGCUUCUAAAGGAGAAUUAAGUCUGGGGGCGGACAGAGAGAGGAGUUGUACAAUUUGAGGGCCACAGGCUUGACUGUCUUGUGCGCCGUUUUGAUGUGCUUCUGAGUUUAACCAGCAUGUUAUAGAGUGGGUGGUGGAUGCUGUCCAAGAUGACAUGUAACUUUGAGAGUAUCCUCCUUUCUGUCACCACUGUCAGAGUCCAGCCCUACCCCCACAAUGUGUCUAGCCUUUUGUUAGGUUGGUUGAUGUCCGCUACCCUGCUGCAGCAACAAGGAGAAUGCUGACUUCCACAGAGUCGUACAACAUCCUCAGCAAAGCUCCUGUGAGGAUUUCUUCACAAUUAUGAAACAGACUGAAAAUACUGAUGCUUUUUUAUGAUCACCAAAAGCAAACAAGACCAUCAGACUGUGACAAGAUUUUUUCAAUAUUGUAAUUUUUAAUGGAUUAAACCAGAGUGAGGGGUAGAUGUCACCCGAUCAGCUGAAGAAACAGCCCUCUUUUCCAUUUUCUAUGAAACAUUUACAGUAAGUAACACAUUUUACUGUCAAAAAACAAGGAAAGCAAAGAGACCUCGGACUAGUCCAUUACUGACUGCUGCUCAAGAAAGAACAUUCAUGAUCAUUUCCUCAUGGAAAUGCAAUCAGACCGAGACGCUAAGGCAGAAGAACUACCACGUCUGCAGUGCAAAAUGAUUAAUAUGGUGAUUAUUACUUCAAGGAAAUGAUAAAGUAAUGAUCAUAAAUGUUCUUCCUUGAGCUGCAUACCCCCGCUGCAGUCAAUGGACUCGCCCAGAAGUCUCUGCGCAAACAUGCGGCUGCUUGAAGAGAGUAGGUGAGUUGCGUUUAGUCUCUUUGCUAAAGAAAUUAGGCAAAGUUAAAAAGAUGUUUGGUGGCUAGUGCUGUGGCUGGGACCCUAUAUGUACUGUUGAUGAAGUUAGGUGCUGUUCUGAGCAUUAUUUGAGGCUAUAGAGUGGCGUCUUGGCUCUCUGUAUAGCUAUCGUGCGAUUGCUGCUAAAGUUGGUAUAACUAGAGAAGCAAGCGGUCGUUAUCUCUCGACCAGGUGUCUUACUUGUAUUAUGGUGUGUUUGACAAUAACUCAAUUUUACGCCGAAUUAUCCCUUUAAGCGUGUAGAGGGCAAAGUUGAAACAACCUGAAAGUUCCUAACAGGAGCUUUAAAGGACCCCAGACUCCUCAGGAUAUAUAGAGGCAGCUUAAGCCUUCUUUUUGUGGACAGCUGCAGUGUUUUUCAGUGUCCUGUUUGUUAUCCAAGUACAUCCCCUCGCACUUGUCCCCCAAAAUGUCCAUGCUGAUCCUUGAAAUGGGUCACUGGUGUCUUUGUCCUUUCCAGAUCCACAAUCAGUUGAAUCUGCAACCAUAAAUCAUUUGCCUAUCUCAACACUUUUGAUUGCAAAGUUGUUGUCUGUAUGCUGACUUUCUCCUGCAGAAUAUGUCAGCUCGAUUUGCAGCCUGGUGCAAAUAUUGCCUUUGGACAAAACAAGUCUGUCUAGACCUUUAAAGCAGUCAAAUGCAUCACACUUUUUUCAAAAUCAAUUUUUUAAAUAGGAUAAUAAUUGAGCCUGAUAUUUGUCACUUUAAAAAUAAGUUCUUUGGUCAUCUGCCAUUCUUGUUUAUCACUGAGUUCCUUCAUGGUGUAAAUCAAUUCUGUGCAGACAUAUCUGACAAAAUAUCCCAGAGGACUGUGGUCCAAAACAAAUGACUGUCAGUGCCAAAAAAGAGGCUUCUUUUCCCAUCCCACACAUAACAGAUAACAUUCUGAAUAAUUGAAUGGACGUACAGCUACAUUUGGCUCAUUCUCUUGCACACAUGUUUGCAGUUGAGCUCAAAUGCACACACAGAUGCACACACUCCUGCAUAAACUAGGACAGUGUGUUGAGCACAAACUGCAAGAGGAAAGAUAAACAGUAACACAAGCAGUAAAUGCUUUUUUUUUAAAUGACUUUGAUGAAGUAUUUUCAUUUACUCUGAGAUUGUGACAGAAACAUGUCUUGCUAACUUAUUACAGAUAUUGACUGUUGUGUAAUCGUCACAAUCACUGCUUUGCUCAGGGGCUAGACACUCAUAUGUAUAUUUGGGUAUUUGAAAACACUUGGUUGAAUCAUGCGUUUGCAAAUAUUUCUUAUAACACUCAACACCUUUUCAAACAAAGCAAUUUUAAUUGAUAUUUUAAUUCAUAAAAUGAUAAAUAGAUGUCAUUAAGGCUAUUGUGAGAAAGCCUGUGUUUAAUGAGCAAUGAUGCCUUUAAAAUUAACUGUCAACACGCAUAUUGUUCAGUGCUUAAAGGGGGUUAUCAUGCAUUUUUUCAGACUCUUUACUUCCUCUCUGAUACCUCUUCAAAAGUUUUACAUGAUUUUCAGAUUUUAAAAAAAGCUUCAAAUUUCUCACUUCGGUGUAUUAAAAUAUCAUUAUUUCAGCUUCUGCCUAAAACACGUUGUUUUAGCCGCUGUCUCUUUAAGCCCCUUCUCCAUGAGGCUUCUUUCUUCUUAUUGGCCACCUCUCUGGGGGGCUUUCUGGUGGCUGGCCAAGGACAGAGCUUGAUGUUUUAGCUCCGCCCCCUCUAUUGUGGUCAGUCAGCUAAGCCGCUAUGCAGUGGAUGUUACCCCACACACUGCUGGAUAAUGAUGGGCACAACAGUUCUUUUAGAUGUACUGAAUUACUAGAAUCGGUUCACUAAAAAGAUUCGUUCAAAAGAUUCGUUCACCAAAUCACUGAAUCAUUUUGCGCUUGGUGGGAGAAGCCUGCAACUCUGACCUCCUGAACUGAAACACAGCUGAAAAUUCAGGAUUCAGUUCAAUUCAAAGACGCAAGUGUUUGGCUGUGUUGCUUUGGCAAACAGGUUUGUAAAAUUGAACUUGUUUAUAAGUCAUGAUGUUUUAAGUGUACUGUCCUAUGGUAUGCUAUUUUUGAGGUCUGCACUUCAGCUCAACUGAAGUGAGAAAUGAACGACUCACUCAAGGAUGUGACUCAGUUCGGUACGUUCAUCUAAAAGAUUCAGUUCUUUUGAAAGAAUCGUUCGCAAACGACACAACACUACUGCUGGAGGCAGGCUGUUGUGCUUUUCCAAGGCACAGAUGAACUGGUAAGGAGAGUCCAUGGCGAUGACACAAAUGCUCUAGUGAGUCUUGCAUUUUCUUGCAAGGUCCUGUUUUGAGCAGUUUAAACAUAUGUUUACCCCGUGAUUAAAAAACUGACAUACACCUAGUGUGGACAACAAACAUUGUAACUUUGCUGUUUUUGUUGUAAAUGUAGAAAAGCAUAAUCUCCACUUCAAGUGGCUCAGCACUUGUUUUGAGUCUGCUGAUUGAAGUUGUUCAUCAUGAUGGAUGUGUUGUAUUCCGUUGUUUUACCUUGAACUGUGGCAGUCCUCUGAGUCAGUGGCUAAUUGGUUCUCAUUUGAUUAGCGUCGAGCACAGCAGGAAAGUUGUGUUUAUUUUUGCAUUGAGUGGUUUGUGUCAGCUUUGAAACAAAGCUUACAAGUGUAUAAGAGGAGUAAUGUGAUUGCCAAUGUCAUAGAUUUUUUUUCCAGGCACGAAGUACAGCAAGAAUGUAAGGAGGCUUUGAUGAAACAUAAAGCAGAAACUUUUACCGUUUAGUAUACACUGGUAUGAUACAUGUUAGGGCUGUCAUAAUAACAGAUUUUCACCUCAGGAUUAAGUUUUCACAACAAUGAGGUCAUCACAAUGAUUAUGGAAAACUUGAAAACAACACAGAAAGGCAAAAACAUAGGUGGAGCACCAUGAUGUACACUCCUUGGCCACUCCAUUAGGUACACCUUGCUAGUACCAGGUUGGACCCCCUUUUGCUUUCAGAGCUGCAGAACACUCCUGCUUUUGUCCGUAGUGGCCACCAGAAUCAACAGAAAAUGAAAACUCCUUCUGGCUAUUUUAACUAGUAACCCAAAGUGGCUAAAUAAUGUUCUACUUGGUUUUAUAAAAAGUCAUGAAAGUGCCAAAUGAACUCUUACAGAGGUGCUUUGAGUUAGUUCGGGCAGUCUGCUGCUUUGUCUUCAUCUGUCCAUUUUAUGACGUGUUGUAACAAACAAAGGAACUCACUGUAUGACUGUUAGCUUAUUUUGAACACAAGAUCAAUAUUUGAUAUUUUGAUAAAGUAGGUUACCAUCAAUAUGAGUAUAUCAUGACAGCCCUGGUACACAAAGUACUAUUAAAUAUGAUGUAAAACAAAAAAAUACAGUACAUUAUGAUAUGUUGGCCUAAAAUAAGAUAUGAGAUACUAUACAGUAUAUUACGAGACACUUAAUUGUUCCUUUAGGUCCCCAUCUUUAAUGUUGCGUUCACUUAGUUAUCUGCGUAGUUAAAGUAAAUAUGACCUUUAACUUCAACAAUCAACAUGUGAACAGAGAAGCAUGAACUACUCAACUCCAAAAGCCACACAUAUUGCAGGUCAUGAUUUGUUCUGUAAACAAUCUGUGUCAGCAUAGUCAAAAUAGAGGUGAAGAAGCCAGAGUGCGAGAGCCCUGAAGGAGGCAGAGAGAGGAAAAAAGUUCUAAACUCUGUUGCUUUUACAGCAGCUGCUGGUAUUUACUGAAAUAUUCAGCAACCUGCUCCUACACACUUUCAUCUAGUGUUUCUUUUUGUCUAUGUAGCUCUUGUUUAAGGGGAACUUAACACAAGCCUAUAUAAACUUGUUGACCUCAGAUAGUUGAAGUGCGGCAGUAAUGUAGAUGUGGUGCACGGAUGAUGUUGGGGGGAUCAGAGGUGCAACAGAUUAAAAAGUUUCAGCCAAAGGAGGUCAGUGAAUCUGCCGUUCUGUUCAGUGUUAAUUCACUCUUUGAAGUUAAGCACAUCAACUGAGACUCUUGUAUUCAGAAAGAUAACAGCGCUGGCCAUUUGUUCAAAUGCUCGAUGUUGAUGUUUACAUUAUCCUAACAAGGUUCCACUCAUAGUUGUGCUAAUAGCCAAUGCACUUCAACAUCCCCCUCAUUCAAUUGAAUGCAGCCAGAGCAUCAAUGCGAUAGAGAGGCUGCUACAGAAAGCAGGUCAUCCUGGGAAAAAAAAACAAAAAGCAAAACUGAACCUGACUGUGCUUUUGCUUGAUUACAAUCUGAAAUCACCCAGCAAGGGGUUUUAGUGGCAUUUAUUAAACACUGGUAUACAAACAUAAUUAUUGGAGGGAAAAAUAGAUGCUAAUCAUAAAUCUCUGCAGUACAGUCAUAUGUGUAUGGGUGUACUCAUGUUUGCAGGUAUUUAAAAACAUAGAUCUGUUGCCCAAACUAGACUUUUGAAUAAAAAGUUGAACCAGUUCCUGAACUACAUGACCUCACCAAAACAGCUCUUUGAGUUAUUUCAGACAAUUGUAAAGUCAAUUUAGUGGAUCCAUGAUAAUACCAAGACUCUUACCCAGAGGUCUAUAAUAUGUCUGGCAUUAGGGCUGGUCGAUAAAAUGAUAAUAUAUAUCGAAAAUUUGUUUCGCUCUAUAUCAAUAUAAAACAUGGUCAAUAUGCUUUUUGAUAGUCGGAAUCCUGCCAUGUUUUGGUAGACUAUACGAAUAGCCAGUUUAAAGGGGAUUUGCUCCAGGUCUGCUUGGCGCUGAACCAAUCGUGCUGAAUUAGAACGAAUUAGCAAACAACUGUGCAGUAACAGGCUGCAGCUACUUGCAACCAUAGCACAUUAAGACAUGAAGCCAACAGCACUGUCGAUGAAAAAAAAAGAAAGUGAGUGCUACCCCCGGCAGAAAUGCAGAUGAAGGCUCAAUAGAUGAUGACGUUGACAACUCUGGCACAAAAACAUCAGUGGUGUGGAGGUAUUUUGGUUUUUUGAGGUUGGACAUGAAGAAGAGUAAUGUGCACUGCAAAUUAUGUCAAGUAUGUUCUUGCAAAGUUGGGGAAUACCGCAAAUCUUUUCCACCACCUGAAGCAGUGCCAUGUGGCAUGGCAUGCACAAUGCAAAAGGUUACAAACCCCGAGUAAAGCAAGGAGCCCAUGGCGCCUGUGCAACCGAGCAGCUCACCAUUCAGUUGGCUUUCUCUAGCGCAACGCCUUACGACGAAAUGUCAAAAAGACAUGCUACCAAUAAGCACCGUUAAAUUUCAUUUUUUUAUAUUGUGAUAUAUAUUGGUAUCGACUGAUAUGAAAAAAAAUAUAUAUCGUGACAAACUUUCUCCCAUGUCGCCCAGCCCUAUCUGGCGUAUGUAAUUAUGACCACAGAAUAACCCAAUAUCGGUGCUGCAUGUAUGAUGAAGUGUGAUGACUCUAACCUUUUAGGGCACCAUGUAAAAGAAAGCGAUCAGAGGGAAACAACUGGGUUUAAACAAUUCAAUCAGAAACACAAAAAAGGAAUUAAAAGAGAGGUAAAAGAUAAAUAAAGUGCAAUCCACCUUUUAGCUUGUUGCUCUUUGAGAUUCUCGUUUUUCCUUUUAUCGAUCCGCUGUCCAUACCAAUAAGCAUGAACCUGUUUGAUGUACUUGAGACGGUUCAGAGUUAAGCACUGACUUCCAGGUAAAUUAAGACUUUGAAAUCGUUGAAUAAGUUGCUGCACUUUUCAAACUAAAUCGACACCUGAGGGAUGUUUAUACCAAUUAACUCGAUCAGUAUGACUCUUCUCCUCUGCACUUCAGACUGAAUUUACUGCUGGGUCAGAUAAAUGAUGUGUCAAGACAAAUAUGUUGUAAUAAGACACUUAGUGAGCCAUGAAGAAAGUUUUGCAAAAUAAAGAGAAAAAAAAAUAUUUAGAAACGCAGAGUAUCCUAUUCAUUUAUUUCUACAUGUGCUCUACACUACUAAGAUUGCACUUUUUAAUAGUUACCUGUGGCAAUCAUGUUUAGUUGCCAACAGCUGAUGUUAUCUAAUGCAGCUUUAAUAAUGAACUUUAUUUUCUGGAAAUGAAAUAAAUUAAUUUAGACACUUAAAAACAGAUUUGGAUGAACUGCAGGCUGUAUUUCUCCUCCCUCCUGCAGAGCUGUAUGCUUAUGCGAGUGUAAAGUCACACUAUGCUGCUCGAGGCGACUGCUGCUGUUCACUUACAGCAUACAGAACAUUUCCUAGACUCUGUGAGGAAAGCCUCAAAAACCUUGUCAAGUUUGUCUCUUCAUCUGUAAUAAACCUUUAUUAGAUAGUCGACAGAGACACACUGAACUCUUACGGUCAAUUCUUUAUAGUGUAGUCUGGCCUGAUCAAGCACCUUGCAGCUCAAAUGUGUGUUUUAUCUCAUUUCUUCUUUAAAGAAACAGCCCCUGAGAACAAGGCAAGAGAGGGCAAAAUGGUGAGAAAGCAUUACUAUUUUGGAGCUACAAUAGAGGGUGAUAGGGUCGUAUGACUCAAAGCUUACAGUCCUUGGUUGGGAAGUUUGAAGGGCAGCAAAGUGGAGAGACAAAAUAAAGAAGAGGCAGUGAUGGAAGUGGUAGAAAAUGUUUGCCUUUCUUCCCCCUGUGGGGUCAGAUGGGUUAGACUGAAGCUGACAUGAAUGACGAAGUGAGAGGGGGAAAGAGGAGUGAGCGAGCUGCUGGCAUGCAGAGGAAGACGAUUUUGAUGUAUAGUGAUGCUGGCAGGAUGGUUUAUUGCCUCUUCUGCAAACUAUUAGAAAAUGUGUUACUCUUUUAUCGGUUUUGUUCUGUCUCUGUCAUCAGCAUUUUACCACUGCUAACAAUCUCAUCUCCUGCUGACCAAUAACAGCCUUUUGUUUUUCACCGUUUUCCUAAUUUUCUAUUUCCUGUCGACGGCUUUGUUCAUUCAUCUCUGCAGACUGAGUCAUCUAUUUGUCUUUUUUAUUCUCCUGUUUAACAGACUGACGCAAUGACCAGAGGUGACAGUUCCCUGAUAAAAUAACCAGGCUGUUAAUUGUGCAGAUCAUGUCCCAUGGGAAAUGUAUUAUUUACUCUUCUCAGAGUGCCUCGUUUAUAAGGUAGUCUUCUUGCAUGAAAAUGCAGCCAUCAUGACGUCUGGCCUUUUUUCUUUUUUUUUUCCUUGACAUCGCCGUGUUUUCUGGAUUCUGUUGCCACUGGAUUCUUUUCCAUCACUCUCUUUUUUGCCCACAGUUUUUCCACAGCAAAACAAAUUUAAAUGCAAACAAGGCAAAUCUGCCUGGCAUGUUUUCCCACCGGAAAGACAUUAUAAAAAAGCUGGAGAGAGAUCAUUGCAUUAUCUUCUCCCCAGGAAAUACUAACAGGAAAGUCUGGAAAAUGCACAGAAUCAUUUCUCAAUUCUCAUCUUGUUUACUACCGUAAUCAUUCACUCACUCCUGACGUUUCAGGCAACAUUUCCAUAAGCAAUUAAGCACAGGUGGAUCAUUUUAUUCAGAGCUGCGCAAACUUCAAUCUAAGUGACAUCUUUGUAAUUUAGCAGUUAUAAAAAAGAAAAGAAAACGCUGAUGUACAAAAAGUAUACUAACACUUUGCAUGUUUGCUCAUUUCCUGUUUGACUGAUGCAUCGAAUUAAGCUGCUGCUGCUAAACUGAACACACAACUCAGGCUCUGCUUCUGCUUUUAUCUGUAUCUCCUAAAAAAUUAAGGUCUCACAUAUUUUGUUUGCCCAAAUAACACUCCAUUACCAAGGGCUGCUAGGUAAAUAAGGCAUCAGUGCAAUCAAGCCAAAGUUAAUGCCACUGUAAAUGCAGAAGCAGGCUUGCCACAUUCAAGCCUAGAUGCAUCUACUGUGUGCAUAAUUAUAAAAUGUGAUCAUCAUCCUCAUCAUCAUUAAAACCCCUGGCUUAGUGAGCAGAUGGUUGGAAACAUUUGCACAGGUGUGUCAGCAGGCACCCAUGGUUGCUCCCCACCACAUGUGAAACACUUGUUCGCUGCUUUGUCAAAUACACACUGCUCUCUAUUAGGAUGAUGGCAGAAUGAUACACACACACACACACACAGAGAGGCCCACAAACACGCACAAACUCACGCAACUAGAUUUCCUGGUUAUGUGCUCAGGCCUUUGCAUGUGUGGUAACAGCCAGUACUAUUUAGAGCACUGCACAGUUGCACAGUCAGAGAUGUCAUCGACAGCUGUGGUAUGUUUCACACAGAGGAUUUCUCCUCUCAUUUCUUUUAUAAUUACAGCCAUUUGUUUCGUUUCUUUCUGUUCAUCCAUUGAAGAGUCAGUAAAAGCAUCAUAUCUUAUAAAAUUCACUCAACAAAAUUAACUUUGAGUAACUCAAUUUCUGCCACUAACUAAAACAAAACAAUUCUGAUACACCUGAAUUAACUCUGAUUAAGAACUGACAGGAAACUUGGCAGAUUUAACCUGGAAUUAGAUUUUUAGUACGACGAGGAAGAGCCUCAUCACAGCUGCACAGGGAUGCGGGACUUUAUGUAAGGCUUGUUGUCGCUCAUGCAGCGUGAUAACAUGGGAGUUUAGUGGAACAGCAGGUCAUUUAAAGGUCAAACUCUUCACAGUUUGACUUGGAUGCGUGGGGGAGGGGGGUGUCUUUCUGUGAGGCAUUGAGGAUCUGACAGCUGUGUGAUAAUUGUUGGAAAACUUCAAAACUAAGCGGACCCAGCAGGUUCAAACUCCUCCCCUCCAAAGAACAACCAUUGUGCAGACACUUUCUCUUCUGGGGUUGUCUCAUAGCUGAGCAC